GGGAAGUGCAGAUUGUUCUCUCUCUCUCUCUCAGAGUGAGCGUCGGUGGAGUGAGUUCGUGCCUGAUAGCUCACAGCUGCGGAGUCGCUUUCGUCCCUUUCAAGCCAAUUUUUCUAUUCGCUGUGUACAGCUAUCCAUAUAGCGGGCAGGGAGAGACACAGAGAGAAAGCCACUGAGAAGAUCAGAUCACAGUCGACGCUCUCUCUCCUAAGCUAUAAAUUUCUCUCUCUCUCUCUCUCUCUCUCUCUCUCUCUCUCUUAUUUGGAAAGUAUUUGCGUGAAAUCUGGGAGAUAUUUUGUCCGUUCAUUCUCGAUUUCCGGCGGUUUCGAUUAAGCUCUUUCGGGAAUUCUGGAGAUCGAUCGCGUUGUCCGACGUCAAAGAUCGGAUUUUUUUUUUGCUUUUGGUUUGAGGUUUUCACGCGCAGAUCCACCCUGUCGAUUGAGUAUUUUGAAGGGAAGACACUUCUUCUUAAGUCAAAAGACCGUGAAAGGCAGAUUCUGAAGUUUUCACUGUUGGAGCAUGCUGAUAAGGCUUAGAUCUGGGUAACACUGAAGCAUCAGUUUGAUCCGUGGUUCACAUCUGAGCGAAGAGAAGUGUGUGCCAAUGGAUUCAGAAGGAGAAAAUGGGGCAAAAUCCUUGAAGAACCUUGGUGGUCAGGUCUGCCAGAUCUGUGGUGAUAAUGUUGGGAAGGCUGUUGAUGGUGAGCCGUUUGUUGCCUGCGAUGUCUGUGCAUUUCCUGUGUGCAGGCCAUGCUAUGAGUAUGAGCGAAAAGAUGGGAAUCAAUCUUGCCCUCAGUGCAAGACCAGAUACAAGAGGCACAAAGGAAGUCCAGCUAUUCUUGGUGAUAGAGAAGAGGAUGGUGAUGCUGAUGAUGGUGCUAGCGAUUUAAAUUACUCUUCAGAAGCUCAAAACCAGAAGCAGAAGAUUGAAGAGCGAAUGUUGAGCUGGCAUAUGACAUAUGGACGAGGGGAGGAUUUAGGUGCUCCAAACUAUGAUAAAGAGGUUUCUCACAACCACAUCCCGCUGCUCACCAGUGGACAAGAGGUCUCGGGAGAGUUGUCUGCAGCAUCACCUGAGCGUCUCUCUAUGGCAUCUCCUGGAGUCGGCGGCGGAGGAAAGCGUGUACAUCCACUUCCAUAUGCAGCAGAUGUUAAUCAAUCACCUAAUAUUAGGGUUGUGGAUCCUGCGAGGGAGUUCAGUUCUCCAGGGCUGGGGAAUGUGGCUUGGAAGGAGAGAGUUGAUGGUUGGAAGAUGAAGCAGGAGAAGAAUGUGGUUCCAUUAAGCACUCAUGCUGCAUCUGAAGGCAGGGGAGGUGGAGAUAUUGAUGCUAGCACCGAUAUUCUUGUGGAUGACUCUUUGCUAAAUGAUGAAGCUCGCCAGCCUCUCUCUAGGAAGGUUUCUGUUCCAUCUUCUAGGAUAAACCCUUACAGGAUGGUCAUUGUUCUGCGGCUUGUUAUUCUUUGCAUUUUCCUACACUACCGAAUAACAAAUCCUGUUACCAAUGCUUAUCCUUUGUGGUUGAUAUCUGUGAUUUGUGAGAUUUGGUUUGCCAUAUCUUGGAUUCUGGAUCAGUUCCCUAAAUGGCUCCCAGUAAACCGUGAAACAUAUCUGGACAGGCUUUCUCUGAGGUAUGAUCGGGAAGGAGAGCCUUCGCAGUUAGCAGCUGUUGACAUUUUUGUCAGUACUGUUGACCCGCUAAAGGAGCCUCCACUUGUAACAGCAAAUACUGUGUUAUCCAUCCUUGCAGUUGACUACCCAGUUGACAAGGUCUCUUGCUAUGUAUCUGACGAUGGAUCUGCCAUGUUGACAUUUGAGGCUGUGUCAGAAACAUCAGAAUUUGCAAGAAAGUGGGUUCCCUUCUGCAAGAAGUAUAGCAUUGAGCCGCGUGCUCCUGAGUGGUACUUCGCCCAGAAGAUUGACUACUUGAAGGAUAAAGUUCAUCCAUCAUUUGUCAAAGAUCGUCGAGCUAUGAAGAGAGAAUACGAGGAAUUUAAAAUUCGUGUCAAUGGGCUUGUUGCAAAGGCACAGAAAGUUCCUGAGGAAGGAUGGAUCAUGCAAGAUGGUACACCAUGGCCUGGUAAUAACACCAGAGAUCACCCAGGAAUGAUCCAGGUUUUCCUUGGUCAGAGUGGUGGUCUUGACACUGAGGGAAAUGAGCUACCUCGGUUGGUCUAUGUUUCUCGUGAAAAGCGUCCAGGUUUCCAACAUCACAAAAAAGCUGGAGCUAUGAAUGCACUUGUUCGAGUAUCUGCAGUCCUUACUAAUGGGCCUUUCUUGUUGAAUCUUGAUUGUGAUCACUACAUAAACAACAGCAAAGCAUUAAGGGAGGCCAUGUGUUUUUUGAUGGAUCCAAACUUGGGGAAAUCAGUUUGUUAUGUUCAGUUUCCACAGAGAUUUGAUGGAAUUGAUAGAAAUGAUCGAUAUGCCAACCGUAACACUGUUUUCUUUGACAUAAAUUUGAGAGGUUUGGAUGGCAUUCAAGGCCCAGUUUAUGUGGGUACUGGUUGUGUCUUCAAUAGAACAGCUUUGUAUGGUUACGAACCCCCUCUCAAACCUAAGCAUAGAAAACCUGGAUUGUUGUCUUCAUGCUGUGGCGGGUCACGGAAAAAGAAUUCAAAAUCAAGUAAAGGCUCAGACAAGAAAAAAUCUGGCAAGCAUGUUGAUCCCACUGUGCCAAUUUUCAGCUUAGAGGAUAUAGAAGAGGGGGUUGAAGGUGCUGGAUUUGAUGAUGAGAAGUCUCUGCUUAUGUCACAAAUGAGCCUGGAAAAAAGAUUUGGUCAAUCUUCUGUUUUUGUUGCUUCUACCCUCAUGGAGAAUGGUGGUGUUCCUCAGUCUGCAACACCAGAGACUCUCCUCAAAGAGGCUAUUCAUGUUAUCAGCUGUGGAUAUGAGGACAAAACGGAUUGGGGUAGUGAGAUUGGAUGGAUUUAUGGUUCUGUUACAGAAGAUAUUCUUACAGGAUUCAAGAUGCAUGCCCGUGGUUGGCGAUCAAUUUACUGCAUACCCCACCGCCCAGCUUUUAAAGGGUCUGCUCCAAUUAAUCUUUCAGAUCGUCUAAACCAAGUGCUUCGGUGGGCUCUGGGUUCUGUUGAAAUUCUUCUCAGUCGGCACUGUCCUAUUUGGUAUGGUUAUGGUGGAAGGCUUAAAUGGCUGGAGAGGUUUGCAUAUGUAAAUACCACCAUUUACCCAAUCACCGCGCUUCCUCUUCUCUUUUAUUGCACGCUGCCAGCAAUUUGUCUGCUCACCGAUAAGUUCAUUAUUCCACAGAUUAGUAACAUUGCCAGUAUCUGGUUUAUAUCCCUCUUUCUUUCCAUCUUUGCAACUGGCAUACUAGAGAUGAGGUGGAGCGGUGUUGGAAUCGAUGAAUGGUGGAGAAAUGAGCAGUUUUGGGUUAUUGGAGGCGUAUCAGCCCAUCUUUUCGCUGUUGUCCAAGGUCUGCUCAAAGUACUUGCUGGAAUUGACACCAACUUCACUGUCACCUCGAAGGCAUCUGACGAGGAUGGGGAUUUUGCGGAACUCUACAUGUUCAAAUGGACAACCCUACUCAUCCCACCUACAACUCUGCUCAUAGUAAAUUUGGUGGGUGUUGUUGCAGGGGUAUCUCAUGCCAUUAACAGUGGUUACCAGUCCUGGGGGCCGCUCUUUGGUAAGUUAUUCUUUGCCUUUUGGGUGAUUGUUCAUCUCUAUCCCUUCCUGAAGGGGUUGAUGGGGCGCCAGAACCGAACGCCCACCAUUGUUGUCGUUUGGUCUGUCCUCCUUGCUUCCAUCUUCUCGUUAUUAUGGGUUCGGGUUGAUCCCUUCACUACAACGGUUACCGGACCAGAUGUCCAGGUGUGUGGAAUUAAUUGCUAGAUCAGGGAAGACCAAUACAAAAGCAAAAUGCAAGUUCAAUAUGAUUAUUCUUUACUGCUUGGUGUUCAACCUCAAAUUUUAUCCAGCUGAUAUAUGGCCCGGGGGAUGGGAGCUGGCAUAGUUGUCCGGUGUUUGUUGUAUCUAUUCAGGCAUAAACUUGUUUUGGUGAAGAUUACAUUAUGUGCAGGUGAUACAAAAUCAAUUCAUUUUGUUCAGUGUUUUGUUACAUUAAUGUUAUAUUUGAACAUGCUCAAGCUUUUGUUUUUAGCCCCUUGUGCUCUUCCAAAAAAGUUAAAGGCGAAUGUCGCCCAGUAAUGUAACAUUCUCAUUUGAAAAUAGUAGAAACUUUUCUUGCGGGA